AUGCCUGGCCAAAAGAGGGACUUUAGGGGCAAGGCCAAGACCAAUGAGCCGCCCAAGGUGCGCAAUGAGUUCACGCCCAUGUUCGAGCAUUUCCGCGAUGAGCUCGACGACCACCAUGACCGCCGAGAGAGGAUCAUCAAGGCCUCCAGGGACAUCACUGCCCUGAGCAAGAAGAUGAUCUUCUCGUUGCAACGGGUCCGCAAGAUCCAGCCUGACCUCCCAGACUACAUCGAAAAGGAUAUUGAGUCGCGCCUCACCGACAUCUCCAGGCUGCUCUCCUCCAUCACACUCGAGGUUCAGGGCAUCAACCGCUACCGUUACUCGCGGCAGAUGAGCUGUAUCGAGGAGCUCAUCGAGGCCCUCACCUUCGCUCACUACCUGCGCAACCAGGCCCUCAUGGGCUACGAGGAUGCUGCAGCCAGGGUUGCCGCCCUAUCCAGCUACGACUAUCUCAUGGGCAUCUUUGACCUCUCGGGGGAGAUGAUGAGAUACGCUACUGUUGUUGCCGCCCUCAACGGUACUAUGGCCGGUGGUGCUGCUGCUGCCACGCUUGAGGGCGCGCGGGUGCGGACCAUCGUCAAGGACAUGCAGAACCUGGGCAGCUUCUUCGAGAUGUUACCCCAGCAGCACAAUAAGUACUACCAGCAGAAGCUCGAAACCUUGAGGCAGUCCGUAUUCAAGGUCGAGAGGCUGGGCUAUGGCCUGAAGGUCCGUGGUAGCGAGCGCCCAGCUGGUUGGAUGCCUGAUACCAAUGACGAGGCGCCCGACGCUGAGGAGUAA